UGGAAGGCAGAGUUGUCCCUGUGGCCGCCAUUAAAGAAAGGAAUCCAUGAAUUCAAAUGGAAACCAACAGGAACCGGAGCAGAAAUAAUGAUCGAGUUCAGCGUUAAUUUUUCACUCGAUGCGGGGUAUUGAGUGGUUUUAUAGGAUGUGUUCCGCUUUUAACCUGGAUUUUGCGAUGAAGGAGUAAGACAGGACGUUUUUAUUUUUUUUAAGCGGAGACCGUUUUAGGGCUAAGGGGGAGGGGGAGAGUUGCUUCUUUGCUCCCCCUUUCUUUUUGUUAUAUCAACAUUUCUGUCCCUUUUUCAACCUCCCUGAACUACCUGCCUCUGAGAUGUCGACAUAACCGAUCAAGAGCACCCCUUUUUAUUCGCUUUUAGCGCGUGUAUUUAUGGAGAAAUGCAAUUGGAAGAUUGUUGAAUGAACUAUCCUCCAGUCAAAUGUUAGAAAAAUAGUCUCCGCUGAUCCAGCCCGUGCACACUAGAAGAAAGACGCAUCCGAAAAUUGCUCUUUAUUUCCCGGGAAGUGAGAUGAUGGAGAGUUGGACAUCGCUGUGAAGAAGGAUGAGUUCUUGUUUUGUACCGAACGGGGCCAGCCUGGAGGAUUGCCAUUCCAAUCUAUUCUGUCUGGCUGACCUGACAGGGAUCAAAUGGAAGCGGUUUGUGUGGCAGGGUCCCACAUCUGCACCCAUCCUGUUCCCAGUAACAGAAGAGGACCCUAUCCUGUGCAGCUUCAGCCGCUGCCUGAAAGCUGAUGUGCUUAGCGUAUGGCGGCGCAGCCAGCGGCCAGGUCGGCGAGAGCUGUGGCUCUUCUGGUGGGGCGACGAUCCCAACUUUGCAGAUCUCAUCCACCUUGAACUUACAGCUGAGGAUGACGGACUCUGGGAGAAUGGCCUCUCGUACGAGUGUCGCACGCUCCUCUUCAAAGCAAUCCACAACUUGUUGGAGCGCUGUCUCAUGAAUCGCAGCUUUGUUCGCAUUGGAAAGUGGUUCGUCAAACCCUACGAGAAAGAUGAGAAGCCCAUCAACAAGAGUGAGCACUUGUCCUGCGCCUUCACCUUCUUCUUGCAUGGAGAGAGCAACGUGUGCACCAGCGUGGAGAUCAACCAGCACCAGCCCGUCUACCACCUGACUGAGGAGCACCUCACUCUGGCUCAGCAGUCAUCCAGCCCUUUCCAAGUUAUUCUGAGUCCUUUUGGCUUGAACGGGACACUGACCGGCCAGUCAUUCAAGAUGUCUGACCCGCCCACACGGAAACUGAUCGAAGAGUGGAACCAGUUUUAUCCCAUCAGCCCAAGUUCAAAGGAAGGUUCUUCUGAUGAAAAGAUGGAGGACAUGGAUUGGGAGGAUGAUUCUCUAGCCUCUGUUGAGGUCCUCGUCGGUGGUGUACGGAUGGUGUACCCAGCCUGCCUGGUGUUGGUCCCCCAGUCGGACAUUCCUGUUGUGGCCCCUGUGGGGUCCUCUCACUGCACUGCCGUUUAUUCGGGUGGUCAUCAAGUGCCUGCUUCCCAACGAGAACCUGCCAUGUCCUUGGUGACCCUCACCCCUCCCACAUCACCUGAGGAAGUGCAGACAGGUAGUGACAUACUCGUGGACUCUCACUCAGCCCAGAAGUGGCUCAAGAUGCCUUCAUCAUGUGACGUGUUCAGUGUGGAUAGAACAAGCCACCACGGUGGGAAGAUUCCUCGGCGGUUAUCCAGUCAAGUGAUGGAGCACGUCUGGCAAGAGUGCAAUAUCAACCGAGCCCAAAACAAACGGAAGUUCUCAGCUGCAACGAAUGGUACCUGUGAAGAGGAGCGGGCUGAGAAAGUGGGAACCUGGGAUUUUGUCGAGCCAUCACAAAGGUCUUACUGCCACUGUUCCAGAUACAAGUCAAUGAAACAGCGAAUCAACAGCAGCACGGGUCAAGCUCAGUCAACAGGUCAGGCCUUGCAGCUUCCUACCAAGCACAAAGCUGGUGGGGAGAAGCCAGAAAAAGUUGACAAACAGCAAAAAAGACCACAGACGCCCUUCCAUCACCGAAGCCUUACCAGUGACGAUGCCACCCUCGACACUGAAACAACAGCAGGCCAACGGCUGUCCAUGAGAGGCCAAGAUGGAGGGAGAUACCCCAACAUUCGCACGACGGACAUGACUGCCAUCAAAGCGCCGCAGCUACACAGUGGCGGGAUACGCACUGGGUCUGGAGAUCAGACCAACUCCCCUCAACCGCCGCCGCUGAGCCCCCAUCCUUGCGACCGUGGUGAUGACUCAGCGGAGGGGAUGAAGCAGCCAUCUUCCCCGAACAGCCAACACUUUUACCAACCUCAGUCAGAGCCCUGCCUUGGUGGGGUUAAAGGUAGCGGCGAGGAGCCUGCAGGGCCUGAGGGUCUGAAUCAGCACUUCAACUCGCACCAUAACCCCUCAGCUUCUAGUUACUCAGAUCCUCCUGAGCCGACGGUCUAUGUGGGCACUGGGGUCAACCUGGAGGAAGACGGCCCUCACACAGCAUGGAGGUUAUUCAAGCUGCCACAUAGGAAAGAUGCUGAUCUACACACGCCUCUGCUGCCGUGGGACAAGUAUAGAGAUGAGACUUCAGCUGGGCAGGACAGCACUGUCUCAGUCACAGAGAUAAUGUCCACGUCACGAUUGCCCCUGAAGGUCUCUGACGAACGUGUUCAGCUUUACCGAGUCAGGAGGAACCAAUACCUUGCUGCCGCUAUCACUGACGGAGACUACGAGCCUGAGGUGGACCCCUAUGCCUUUGAGGAAGGAGAUGUGAAAUUCACCUUUUCCAACAGGAAAGAUAAGGCAGGAGGGGAGAGGGAGCCUGGCAAGAAACACAAGGAUGAAGAUGGAGCAUCGUGUCCAUCAGACGAUGCUCAGCGGGCAGCAGCUCACAACCGAAUGGCCCCCACCAGCCUAAUCCAUGAGACUGACCUGGCCGUAUCUAUAGAUGACUUAGACAACCUUUUCAAUUCAGACGAGGACGAUCUGACGCCUGGUUCCAGACGACCUGUCAACGGAAAUGAUGAGAAAUUUGGCGGCAAAGAGCCGAAGUCAUCUGCCUUGGACCCUGUACCCUGCAUCAGUUCUGCAGAUCUGCACCAGAUGUUUCCCACACCGCCCUCACUGGAGCAGCACAUAAUGGGCUACUCGCCUAUGAACAUGUGCAGCAAAGACUACGGCAGUAUGGAGCCCACCUCAGGAAUGACCAUGCUGGAUGGAACCUCAGCACUUGGAGGGCAUUUUAAGAUCGAAGUGGAGGAGAGCUUCUGCAGCCCCAAGCCAUCAGAGAUCAAGGAUUACUCCUUCGUGUACAAGCCAGACCUAUGCCAGGCUUUUGUUGGCUGCUCCAUGUUUGCGCCUCUCAAGUCGUUGCCUAGCCAGUGUGUCCCACCCAUCAAGAUGCCAGAGGACAGCAUCUACAGACCAAGCUGGAGCAUGGGAAGAGACAUUCACAACCCUGUGCCUGUCAUGACCAUCCUCAACAAGGACAGUAACAUCCCAAGUGUGGGCAGCGCCAUGGACCAGGACUACAGCCAGAGCUACACUCCUCAGACUCACACGCCCUUCAUGUCGAACAGUGCUCCACCCAGCAACAGUGGCACGGGUAUUCUGCCUUCUCCUGCCACCCCACGUUUCUCCGCUCCCACCCCACGAACACCACGCACCCCACGGACACCAAGGGGUCCCUCCAGUGUCCAAGGCUCUCUCAAGUACGAGAACUCCGACCUCUAUUCCCCAGCAUCGACCCCUUCUACAUGCCGACCCAUUAACUCAGUGGAGCCGGCUACUGUACCUUCCAUUCCGGAGGCACACAGUCUGUAUGUCACGCUCAUCCUAUCUGAAUCGGUCAUGAACCUCUUCAAGGACUGCAACUUUGACAGCUGCUGCAUCUGUGUAUGUAACAUGAACAUCAAAGGAUCUGAUGUGGGGGUUUACCUAAGCGACCCUGUCAGUGAAGCGCAGGAAACCUGCAGCUGUGGCUUCAGCGCUGUGGUCAACAGGCGCUAUGGAAACGGUUCAGGCCUCUUCCUGGAGGAUGAGCUGGAUAUCAUCGGCCGCGGAUCGGACAUAAGCCGAGAGGCUGAGAAGCGCUUUGAGGAACUAAGACUCUCCUCACUGGACAGAAGUGGUGUCGGGAGGGGCAUUCCUGAUGAGCUCAUUCUGCUCCUUCAGGAUCAGUGCACCAACCCGUUCUCACCUAUCUCCAUUUUAGAUUAUGACAUGGUCACAAGAAGGCCAUGCGGGGCCCCUGUUACACCCUGUGUUCGGGUGGAGGAACGGGACUACUGCAGUGACUGCUACAUGGCUCUGGAGCAUGGCAGGCAGUUCAUGGACAACAUGUCGGGAGGAAAAGUGGACGAGACGCUGGUCAAGAGCACCUGCUUGCAUCACUGGUCAAAACAAAACGCUUUGGACGUGAGUGCCUUGUGCUCUCAGGACGUUCUCCGGGUACUGUUGUCCCUGCAGCCGGUUCUACAAGACGCAAUUCAGAAGAAGAGGACGGUGAGGUCAUGGGGCGUUCAGGGUCCCCUCACCUGGCAGCAGUUCCACAAGAUGGCUGGACGGGGCUCAUACGGCACAGAUGAGUCCCCGGAGCCUCUGCCCAUUCCCACCUUCUUAGUGGGUUAUGAGUAUGACUUUAUGGUGCUCUCACCAUUCAGUCUACCUUACUGGGAGAAGCUGUUGCUGGAUCCCUUCGGCUCCCAGAGGGACAUCGGGUAUUUGGUGGUCUGUCCUGACAAUGAGGCUCUGCUCAGUGGUGCCAAGAACCUCUUCCGUGACCUCACAGCUGUGUAUGAGUCUUGUCGUCUCGGUCAGCAUCGGCCCAUUUCCAAAGGCUACCCUGAUGGCAUCGUACUUGUGGGUGGCAGUGGUGCAAAGAGCCUUGCAGAUCAGCCCGUCAGCGACUGGUUCCUUAAGGCUGCCAGCAGUAACAGCGAUGCCUUCUCUAAACUUAAACUCUAUGCACAAGUGUGUCGCCACAACCUUGCACCAUAUCUCGCGUCCCAGUCACUGGACAGUUCUCUCCUCACUCAGCACCCCCCUCCUCCUUCUUCCAACCAAUCAUCAUCUGCACAACUGUCGACUUCUGCAUCAAACUCAGUUGGCCAGCAGAGCUUUGUGAACACUGGCUCGUCCUCAACUUCAAACAGCAACAACAACAACAGUGCAUCUGGAAACAGUGCUGUGUCGUCGAACAUAACCUCGUCGGGGCAACCGGUCAGCGGGGUACCUUCUUCCAAGCCUAGUUCUUUUCCACCCUUUGGUAGCAUGGGCAGCCAGGCCCCAGGAGGUGGCCCCCAAAGUGGACAGCUAGGACAGCAGGCUGGUCCGCAGAGCUCUGGCAGCUUUGGGGACAAUUCUAGCAACCAGACAACCUCUGAACCUCCUGAAAGCACUUUGGAACGGGACAAGGUUGGGGUGCCCACGGAUGGGGACUCUCAUGCCAUAACAUAUCCACCAGCCAUUGUUGUUUACAUUGUGGACCCCUUUAGUUACGAUGAGUCUGAUGGUGGCCAUGGCCCACCGUCAGCCCCCUCCAGUGUGUGGACACUGGGUUUGUUACGCUGCUACCUGGAAAUGCUCCAGUUCCUGCCGGCCCACAUCCGCAAUUGUAUUUCUGUACAGAUCGUUCCCUGCCAGUAUUUGCUCCAACCGGUCCGAGGCGAGGACCGUCAUAUCUAUGCCCAGCACCUCAAGUCCUUAGCCUUCUCAGUCUUUGCUCAGUGCAGACGACCACUGCCGAACUCAACAAAUGUCAAGUCGCUGACAGGCUUUGGCCCCGGUCUUGCCAUGGACACGGCACUUAGGAGCCCGGAGAGGCUGGAUUGUCUGCGCCUGUACACGCCUCCUUUCAUCCUUGCGCCAGUAAAGGACAAGCAGACUGAGCUCGGAGAGACAUUCGGCGAAGCAUCGCAGAAAUAUAACAUCCUUUUUGUGGGGUACUGUCUGUCUCACGACCAGAGGUGGCUCCUUGCUACGUGCACUGACCUCUAUGGGGAGCUUCUGGAAACCUGCAUCAUCAACAUCGACAUUCCCAACAGGGCACGCAGGAAAAAAGGCUCUGUCAGGCGACUCGGCUUGCAGAAGCUCUGGGAUUGGUGCCUAGGUCUGGUCCAGAUGACGUCAGUACCGUGGAGAGUUGUGAUUGGACGCCUGGGCAGGAUAGGCCAUGGAGAGUUGAAAGACUGGAGUAUUCUGCUGAGUCGGCGAAAUUUGCAGUCAGUGAGUCGUCGUCUAAAAGAGAUGUGUCGCAUGUGCGGCAUCUCGGCCUCGGACACUCCCAGCAUCCUGAGUGUUUGCUUGGUCGCCAUGGAACCCCAGGGAUCAUUCAUCAUCAUGCCAGACUCGGUGUCGACGGGCUCAGUGUUCGGCCGCAGCACCACCCUCAACAUGCAGACUUCCCAGCUCAGCACUCCUCAGGAUACUUCCUGCACCCACAUCCUCGUCUUCCCCACGUCCGCCUUCGUGGCCAUCUCCAACUACACCAACAUUGACCCCAACAUAGACAUUCUUAAUCCCACCCCAGAUGGGUCUGAUGCAAUGGGGAUCUUUGAUCUCCUGGAUCAAGAAAACGAAUUGGACCCAGACAUUAUUAUCUCACCCACCACCUCACCAGUCCACUCCCCCGGCUCUCACUACCACCACGGAGGAGAUGGCAGUAAGGGUCAGAGCACAGAUCGCAUGGAAUCACACGAAGAGGUUCCUAAUCUCCUUCAACAGCCCCUCGCCCUUGGCUACUUUGUGUCUACAGCCAAAGCUGGCCCGCUUCCUGACUGGUUCUGGUCGGCCUGUCCGCAGGCUCAGAACCAGUGCCCGCUGUUCCUUAAGGCCUCUUUGCACCUCCACGUGUCUUCAGUGCAGUCAGAUGAACUACUGCACAGCAAACACUCCCACCCCCUUGACUCCAGUCAGACCUCAGAUGUACUCAGAUUUGUUCUGGAGCAGUACAACGCCCUCUCCUGGCUGACUUGUGACCCAGCUACACAGGACCGGCGAUCGUGUCUACCAAUUCACUUUGUGGUGCUCAACCAGAUGUACAACUUCAUCAUGAACAUGUUGUAAUCCAGACAAGAGAGAAGCGCUUGCUCGAAUCCAACUGAAUCCACGUCAGGAGCCAGUUUGGUGCCGGGUCCCGCUCCCAAGCGGCCGUCGGUGUUUGAGAUAGCCAUAUCCCUGUGAUUUGAAGACAUGGGGACAUAGGGAAUCCAAAUAUGGGGAGCAAAGUUAUGUCACGUUAGUAAUCGUGAGAGAAGAAUAAGAUUGGUUUCCAUGAAGUAAGAGGCCAGUCUGUUUUUGGAUCUAUCCUGAAGUGAUAAGGGACAUUUUUGAUUAAGAUGAAACACUUAAAAAUGGAUCUUAUUUUUCAAGAUCUUUUAUUCAUUUUUUUUUCCUUUGGAUAAAAUGGAAUUCAAAUGAAAUGCCUGCAUCUCUUAUUUAUUGUAAGUUUUUAAAUGUACAAUUUGUCUUACUCCUUAUCUUCUUGAGAUAUAUAUAUAUCUAUAUAUAUAUAUAUAUAAAUGGUGAGGGUUCAUAUCACCGUGUGCUUUAAAGCAAAUGGACUUAGAUAUAUGUAUUCAUCUUGCUCAAACACAACCAUGAAAUGAAAUAAAAGUCCUAGUAGGUCGCUUUUAGAGUAUUAUUUUUUGUAUUGAAGAGAGAAUAUUUGUAUUGUCACAAUGUACAGAAGAAUUUGAGUGGAGAAUUGUUUUAUGCCUUUGAGCAUGAAUGACUUACAGCAAAGCUGUAGCUUCAGAGGACUUGUACAGCAAUGAACUUCACUGUGUUUAAAUAAAGAGGUACAUUGUUGUAUAUAUUAUUUUAUACCACACAUUUAGACUCGAAACCAAACGGCAAUAUACGUAUAAAUAAUUAUAUAUGAAAACCACACCAGCUGUUGAUGGUGUGGCUUCUGUUUUAGGAAUAAAGUGCAUCAACUUAU